AUGUCUACCAGACCCGUUGCUAAGGCUCUCCGUGGCCCUGCCACCCGAUCCCUAUCCUCUGCCUCCAGCAUCCCUCGCCGUUCGUUUGUCUCCGCCGCUGCCUCCGCCUCCUCCCGUCCCGCUGCCGUAGCUGCUGUUAGAUCUGUUCUCUGGACUGCUCUCUCGGCCCAACAGACUCGGGGAGUCAAGACCAUUGACUUUGCUGGCACCAAGGAGACUGUCUACCGGGCUGUAACGGCUGUAACGGCUGUAACAACUCUGUAUGUUCCGAUUCCUGCUGAUGGCAUCUUACCAGAACGCGCGGAUUGGCCCCGCGAAAAACUCCUUGAAUACUUCAAAAAUGACACCCUAGCCCUCAUUGGCUACGGCUCCCAGGGCCACGGCCAGGGCCUCAACCUGCGAGACAAUGGCCUCAACGUGAUCGUCGGCGUGCGAAAGGACGGUGCUUCGUGGAAGGAGGCCGUCGCUGACGGCUGGGUGCCGGGCAAAAACUUGUUCGAUGUCUCUGAUGCCAUCAAACGCGGCACUAUUGUCAUGAACCUCCUCAGCGAUGCCGCCCAGAGCGAGACAUGGCCCACCCUCAAGCCCCUGAUCACCAAGGGAAAGACCCUCUACUUCUCCCAUGGCUUCUCCCCUGUCUUCAAGGACCUCACCAAGGUCGAUGUCCCCAAAGACGUGGACGUCAUCCUUGUCGCCCCCAAGGGCUCCGGCCGCACUGUCCGUUCACUCUUCCGCGAGGGCCGUGGCAUUAACUCUUCCAUCGCCGUCUUCCAAGACGUCACCGGCAAAGCCGAGGAGAAGGCAAUCGCCCUUGGCGUUGCCGUCGGCAGCGGCUAUCUGUACAAGACUACCUUCGAAAAGGAAGUCUACUCGGAUCUCUACGGCGAGCGUGGGUGCCUCAUGGGCGGUAUCCACGGCAUGUUCCUCGCCCAGUACGAAGUCCUGCGCGAGCGUGGCCACAGCCCCAGCGAGGCCUUCAACGAGACCGUUGAAGAGGCGACGCAGAGCCUGUACCCGCUCAUCGGCGCCAAUGGCAUGGACUGGAUGUAUGCAGCGUGUUCGACGACGGCACGCCGCGGUGCCAUUGACUGGAGCAGCAAGUUCAAGGACACCCUGAAGCCCGUGUUCAACGAGCUGUACGACAGCGUCAAAGAUGGGCGGGAGACAAAACGCAGCCUGGAGUAUAACUCGCAACCGGACUAUCGGGAGAAGUACGAGAAGGAGAUGCAGGAGAUUCGCGAUUUGGAGAUCUGGCGAGCUGGAAAGGCCGUCCGUUCCCUCCGCCCGGAGAACCAGAAAUAA